UUAGUCUCAGUACACCGGUCCAACACUCCUCACAUACUCCUAGCCCCUAGUAGUUCACCGGAUAAAUUGAUAAACCGAACAUUUCCGGCCCACCAAGCGUAACCUAUGGUUUCUUGGUCUCGGCCAGUUAAAGCUAAAGUUUCAUUAAAGAGCGUUUCCACGGAAUAGAACCUCGUCGGGGAAAUCAGGUUUCUUUUUUUUGAACAAAGAAUAUAUUUCUUCUUCCUUUUUCGCUUCGCUCUUCGCAUUGAAAGAACAGAUAAAAAAACAUCCCUCUCCGGCAAAAAUGGUCCUCUGUUAUAUUUACUAAGAAGAAGAAGCAGCAGCCCACGUUGAGAAAUGACCGGUCCCCGGCCGCUGUUACUCGCCCUCCUGUCCUCCGUUCUCCUGGUGGUUCUCACCUUGGCGUUGGUUCUUCCGUCAACCAUUAAAUUCAAACCGCCGCAACUUAUCCACUUCUCGACCUUCCAACAACAACCACUGGAAAUAACGCCUCCCAAUCCCACUCCGACGGCGGAACCAUGUCCACCACCAGCGAAGGCGACCCGAAACCCAAGGGCCGAUGCUGAAAAAAGUUCCGAAAAACCAGGCCCUUAUCACAAUUGGGAACACUUCAAUGCCGACUACAACGAAAUGAUGCAAAACUUGAAGAUUUACACAUACCCAGAUGUACACAAGAAGAGCUCCCCAUUUUCAAACAUUUUCCUUCCUCAGCCAGACGCGAAGAAGCUCGGGAAUUACUACAGCGAGCACGCGUUCAAGACCGCGCUCCUCUCGAGCCCCUUGCUGACGUCUCGGCCGGAGGAGGCCCACUUCUUCUACAUGCCUUUCUCCAUCAACCUGAUGCGCCUCGACCGCCGGCUGCACUCGGCGGAGUCCAUAAAGAAAUUCGUGGCCCGGUACGCGGACAGGAUCAGCUCGGAGUUCGCGUUCUGGAACGCCUCGGGAGGCGCCGACCACCUGUACGUGUGCUGUCAUUCCAUCGGCCGCGACGCGGCUUCGAACCACGAGGGAUUGCGCAACAGCGCGAUUCAGGUCACUUGCUCCUCCAGUUACUUUCAGAGGCUGUAUGUUUCCCAUAAGGAUGUGACGCUGCCGCAGGUUUGGCCCCGGCCCGAUCUUGACCGAGCCUCGACGAAUCCUCCGGAUAAGAGGAACAAACUGGUUUUCUUUGCUGGGCGCGAGCAAAAUGCUCGUGUUCGAGAAAAAUUAAUAGCUUUAUGGGGAAAAGAUGCUUCCAUGGACAUCUUUUCUAAUAAUCGAUCUUUCCCUUACGAAGAAGGAUUUCGAAGGAGCAAAUACUGCCUAAGCGUCAAAGGUUAUGAGGUAAAUACUGCAAGGGUCAGCGAUGCCAUACAUUUUGGUUGCAUCCCUGUUAUAAUCUCCGACUACUAUGACCUCCCGUUUACUAACGUAUUGGACUGGCGCAAGUUCUCGAUUAUCAUCAACGAAGAGGACGUUGGAAUUUUGAAGAAAAUAUUGCUGUCGAUAUCCGAAGAAACGUACCUCACCAUGUACAACAACCUGUUUUUGGUUAGGAGACACUUUUCAUGGCAUGCACCUCCUAGAAGUUUUGAUUCCUUUUAUAUGACCACCUACCAAUUAUGGUUGCGAAGAGGAUUGCAUCGGUUGUCUCACUAGCCUUCCAUCCUUGCCAUGAGUCGACGACUGACGCCUGAUAUUCCGGUUGGAUGAUCUGUCCAAUGAAGUAGGUAUAAAAAUCAAAUGAGUAACUCAAGUCUUCUGGCGGAUCAAAAAAAAACUCAAAGUCUUCUGUUGUUCUCUUGACUCAUUUUGUACUCAGCCGAAUCCCAAAGUUUUUUUCUCUCCACCGUUGGAUGUCUUAAGUUAAGAGGCGGCGCCUCUUCAUGAAAAGUCUCACGCGAUCAUCACAGGGACAAUUCUCUCAGAGAAUUCGGAUCCGUUCUUUUGAUGCCCUAUGCUAGGCUCUGUACCCAUGUUCUUGUUAUGGUUUCCACAAUUAUGUGCUCCAUGUAAUUGUUUUAUACUUGUCUCAUUCUUCAUAAUAUAGUACAUGGGAAUAAAUAGGGUUCUA